AUGAUGCGUGAAACAGACCAACACAUUACCUCAAAUGGCUUGGAUGCUGAUAUGCAUAGGGACAUCGCAUGUACAGAGAAACUUCUGAAGAUUGGAGAACGUUUCUAUCAUGCGACGGAAUCGGAUGCACGUCGUUGUCUUCUUCCACAAAUUCUGGAUACUAUCUAUGAAUUGGUAGAUCUCAAAUACGACAAAAUGAUACGAGCAGAUGCUUUAUUGACUUCUUCCACAUUUGAUGACCAUAGGCAGCAGUUAAUGUUUGUAUUCACCUGCUUGGAUCACUGCCAUCAAUUCGAAGAGCUUUCUGAUGAUUUUUUGAAAUGGAUCAUGUCACGCUUCAUACGAUCCCGUAUGAGUAUUGUUGUCAACGCGAAAUUUGGCGGUUUCCUCCAAGAAAAAAUUCUACAUCUUGCCGGUCUCAUCAAUGACAAACAGUCAUUCUUGACGCAUGUGGUCAUGCAACUGGCCAGUAAGUUUCUUUUCCUGCUUGAGCUUCGUAUCGGCUGUCUUCACUGUACAUCAGUUUCUUACAUACAUAUCUUUUCGGUUUCGCUCCAUCUCACCUCAUCCAUUCAUGGUCUCUUUUCCAAAAAUCAUUUUUUAAAUUUGACUCGAUCACUUUUUACGGAAAAACUGUUUUUUCUGUUUCUAGCCGCCAUGUGUACUGCCAAAUCCCUUGCUAUCAGUCUGCUAAUAGUUAAUUUUCAGUGAUU